AUGGCUUACAAUAUAAAAAUAUAUAAUAAUGCCUCAAACACCAUUCACAAUCUUAGAGGGAAAAAAUUUGAUUGUCGUCUUACUUCAAUUCUAAAAAAAUUUCAAUUAACAAGUCAAGAAGAAAAACCUUUAGAUUUUAUUGUUAUUUUAUUUUUAUUUUUAAAAAUAAUUUACAAAAUUAAGGCAGAACCCCCAGGUUCUUCAGUUGGAACAAUUUUUAUAACUGCAGCAAAUUUAAAUUUCGUCCCUUCACUUCGGGCUGUUAUUGCAAAUAUUAAAAGAGCAUUUGGUGUUAAACAAAAAAUUGUUGCUUAUGAUUUGGGGGGAAUUUUAAGAAAUAAAGUUAUUAUGAGAGAACUUGGACAAAUAUGUAAUUUGGAAAUAAGAGAAUUUAAUAUUAAACAAUUACCUAAAAAUGUACGCGGUAUGAAAACAUUUUCAUGGAAAUUGUUACUUUUUGCGCAAGCUUAUUUAGAAUUUGAUUCAUUUAUUUAUUGUGACACUUCUGUACAUUUUAUUUCAAAUGAUUUUAGAGAACAUUUUAAUCUAAUAAAUUCGGGUAAAGUAAGCCCUUUCCUUUUUGGAUUAGGUACUUAUCACGGCAUAAAACAUGCAACUUUACAAGAAACAUUUGAAUAUAUUCCUUUAUUUAAUGGUAAACAUUUUGAUAUUGAAAUGCAAGAAGCUAACUUUAUUAUUGUAAAAAGAAGUGAAUUUACAAGGGAAAUUUUAAAAUGGGCAUUACUUUGUGCAUUUACUUUGGAUUGUAUUGAACCUAGAAAAGUUCCUUGGGAUUGCCCUGAAGAAAUUUUUUAUAGUAAUAGAGUUUAUGGUUUAUGUCAUAGAAUGGACCAAAGUGUGUUAAGUACCUUAAUUUAUAAUGCUGAAGAAGAAAUUGUUGGGAAAGGAAAUAAAAAAUUAAUUAGGCAUUAUGAUUUCCUUCAUCCUAGUCAUCGUCUAAUUAAACAUAUGUUGGUUAGGAGACAAUGGAAUAAAGAAAAAAUGGCAAAAUUAUAUAAAUGUUAA